GUUCUCGCGAUAUUCCAAGCUGGAUAGGGUUGAGAAAAUGGAUGGUUGUGCUAACACGCUAACGGAACAAUUCCGGUGUUAAGUGGAUUAUAAUUUACUUAUGUUAAAGCCUUGUUAAAUUACUGCGGAUGCUUGUGUGCAACCAAUGGAGAAUAACAGCCUCCCGAAUGCUGGCUCAGAGGAGCAACAGGGCCAGUCAAAACCUUUGGAUGAUAAACCUGGAUUGUCCCAGAUUAGAAAGUCCUGGGGUUUCAGACGAUCAACUAUAGCUCAACGGGAGUUCGCGGAAGAAGUUGGGGAGCAAACCAGUAGUCCUCAACUUGUGCGUCGGACUCGAAGCCGUCAUUCUACUAGGACACCACCAGACCUUAAAGACAAAGUCACCCAAGUUCGUCAAGCAUCACUGGCAGUUAUAAAUGACCUGGAGUGGUCUGCCCGAGCUUCGCCAAUAUCCGAAGAGCCCAAACCAGCUUUAUCCAAUGUGGGAGGAUGCCUUGACCCCAACAUGUGGCAGGACAUUGGGUCUGCCUUUGGCACUGCUUUCUCUCUUCUUGGUGGAGAUGAGGGGUUGUCAAUGGACAUAGCUGAUGAUUUGACAAUUCCAGAAGUUUUAUCAGUUUCUGAUGCCACAGGGCCCACUGUACCAGUUGCAGAUAACACAGAGGUGUCUGAGCUUAGGGAACACACUCACAAUGUUGGAAUUUUGCAACCUGUACCUUUGGAGAAGGUGGCAAGUGGGGAUGUUGAAGAUGUAGUUUUGAUCUCAAGCCAAGAUGAGGAUAGCGAUGAGGUAACUUUGAUACAAAUAAAGGAGCAAUUGAAAUCUAAAUCCAUGCAUGGACUCAUAGAGGAGAGGGGUGGAAGGGGGAAGGCCAGAGGCAGAGGAAGAGGAAGGGGUCGUGGAAGAGGUAGAGGCAGAGGGAGGGGUAAGGUAUUGGAGGUUAAAUCAAUAGUGGUGGAUGAUGAUGUGAUCCUUGUUAAUACACCAGAAGAACAUUUGCAGCACCUACAAGAAGGGCAUGAAGAAAAUUAUUCACACACAUCCAUAAGCAUGGAGACAUCUCCUGCCCACUCAGUUAAGACUUUGAGUCCAGUUCAGCAAAUGAGCUCAGACUUCAUUAUCAUAGACACAGAUGUGGAGCAGAAUACUGACACAACUUCAGGCCCCUAUGAUGAUUCACCAGAAGAGGGUAAAGGGCAAGAAGACCACGAUGAUGGGGAAGUCAUACAACAUUCAAGAGUUUUGGCUUCUAAGAUAUAUGAUCCCACUGCUUUGUGCUGCAUUUGUCGACAAAAACACAAUAAAAGGUAUAUGAUCUCCUGUGACAGUUGCCGAGAGUGUUUUCAUGGCGACUGUGUUGGUGUCAGUGAAACGGAUGGCCGUACACAGUACAUCUGCCCGCCAUGCUCUUCAAAGAAGCUGAGCCAACCUCCAUCAGAGUCUCACACCCAGCCAGAACCAAAAAUGUGUCCAGUGGUCUUGUCAUUGACUUCUUCUGGAGACCAACAAUACAGACAAGAGGAGCUGGACUCCCUCAAGAAGACUGUGCAGGUGGAGGACAAUGAUAUAGAAGUGGCUUCUGUAAAUGUUCCUGUUCCUGAGCCUGCGCCUGGAACUGAAGUGGAGAUGGAGACAGAUAGCUCACUUCCGCUAUGUAUUGGAAAAGGAUGCUCCAGACCAGCUUUACUGGACUCUGUUUAUUGUGGCGCUGACUGCAUUAUUCAGCAUGCUACCUUUACUAUGAAGUCCAUCUCUGACACAAAGUUGCCCAAACCUAGAGGCAGAGUACAGAGAAAGGCUACAACUACAACACCUACUGCAAAGGGUCAGUUUAGGUUAGCAGCAAAAGCUGAGGAAAAUGCCAGCGAAGAGGAGUUGAUGGAAGGUGAUGCAACACAAACAGCCUGUGACUCCAAUCUCACAGAAGUUCAGGCCACUUCUCUACCGUCAUCUAAGUUGUACACAGCGUUUACAAAGGGGUUUAAACAAACUGAAACUCAAUCCCCUCCAAAACAAAACCCAGAGGACCCAACUACAGAUGCAUCUUCCUCACAACAACCUAUCAUCGAACAAGGUCUACCUCAAAGUGACUCAAAUUCCACCACAAAGGAUUCCAUAAAAAGUGAUGUUUCAGUAGAAACUGAAAAAUCAGUCCCCUCAAUAAUGCCUAAUGAAAAAUUAGGUCUGGCUCCCCCCACAUCAUCUCCAAACACAUCAGGAUCGAAAAAAUGUGAAAAAGGGGGUGUUUUGAACUCUACAACAUACAUAAUACCUAAGAAGCAAUCUGGACUUAAACCUUUGUCAAGUAGGCAAAUGGCAAACCCAAGCCUUAAGCCUAUGGCCCCCACCCUACUGAAUGAGAGUCGAAAUCUUCCUGUACCACCUGCACCAAGCGCUCCCUCCUCCAGACCCUCUCAGCCAAAUAACCAGGUCAGACAGAGCAUCCAGCGCUCCCUCACGAGCAUCUUGCUUAAAAGGGUUUGUGACUGUGAAGAUUUGGAAAUGUGUGAAAGUGAUGCUGCAAAGCUUGUUGCAAGCAUUGAGACGGAGAUGUUCGACAUUUUUCGUAAUACAGACAGCAAAUACAUGAAUAAGUACAGAACUAUUAUGUUCAACUUAAAAGAUCCAAGACACAAGGGCUUGUUGUAUCGAGUUGUGCAAGGAGAUAUCAGUCCUUUCAGACUGGUCAGGAUGAGCCAAAAGGACAUGCAGGCUACCAAGGCACCAGACCAAAAUGUAAAGGACACGUCAGAGGUUAAAAAUGCAGCUGCACAAGCACCAAGUUUUUUGCAGAAACCUGAAGUUGCGAAGGUUGACCUUUUCUGUUUAAACAUUACUAAACCUGAUAGAAGACCUGUGAGCAAUAAGAGAAGUAUUUCUACUCCCACUCUUACGCCUAAGAACAGAAGAACUGAGCAAAGCAGAGAGAAUGCAGUACCAGAUGUUCUUACCUGUAUGCUUAAGGACACAACUUCAGAGCACAAGGCUCACCUGUUUGAUCUAAAAUGCAAGAUAUGUACAGGGCAAAUACCACCAUUUCGGGAAGAGGAACCUCCAAAUAAGCAAAAAAGAGUUUCUGAAUCAAGCGACAAGCAUUAUUCACGGCGGAGAAAGGAAGAUGACUCACCACUGCGGGCGCCACCAGACUCACCUGACAUGGAUUUUUCAACAGACUGUCCUUAUGACCCCUCAUCCCGCCUUAUUAUUGACACGGGUGAUUUGACCAUUGUUGAGUCUCCUGCUUCUACUGUAAUGGAUUCCCCUGCCUCUCCUACUUUGGAGUCUCCUGCCUCCCCUGUCUUAGAGUCUCCUACAUCCCCUACUGGUGAUAUUUCAAAAACCACAACUCCAAAAAGAACAUACACACCUGUUGUGAUUCCAGCUGUCUCCACAGUAACUAUUACAAGGCGUGACCCACGAACUGCAGCUAACAGGAGCUCUGCUGCAUUUAGCGGUACCACAAAUACAUCCCGCAAUCAAUCAGCCCCUUACGCUCCUCGAGGGGCUUCCUCUGCUCCAUCCUCAGUACCAACCUUGACAGUGCAACCAACAAAACUAAUACCAAAACCUAUUCUAAUGAAGCCACCCUCUUCAGCUGAUCCCAGAUUUUAUGACACAUCAUCAAGGACUGUGAUUUCUGAAUCUCCAGUCGAUGGUGGGACUGCGCAGUUUCUGGCUAAGCAGGAAAUACUGUGGAAAGGCUUCCUGAACAUGCUCACUGUAUCAAAGUUUGCUACAAAGGGGUAUCUGGUUUCAGGAUCUGCUGAAAUUUUAAAAUCGGAACUGCCAGAUACCAUAGAAAUCGGAGGAAGAAUCAUGCCUCAAACAGUAUGGGACUAUGUUGCAAAGCUAAAGACCUCUCUUACAAAGGAUUUAUGUGUGAUCCGCUUUCAACCUGCUACUGAAGAAGAAGAGGUGGCAUACGUCUCUCUCUUUUCCUAUUUCAGCAGCAGAGGGCGUUUUGGUGUUGUGUCAAACAACAGCCGUUCCAUCAAGGAUGUCUAUCUUCUACCACUUAGUGCAAAGGAAUCAGUCCCAUCCAUACUACAACCUCUGGAAGGACCAGGACUUGAAAAGGUCAGGCCAAAUCUUCUUCUUGGUUUGGCAGUUAUCCAAAAAAUUAAACGGCCAGGAAGCGUGCUUCAGGAAAUUGAACAGAAAAAACCAAGGGUUCACCUUCCUAAAGACCCUAUGUGGAUCCCAAAACCUCCAGUUCUUUAUGGUUCUGACAAAUUGGAGCUGUCCCAACCCCAUGUUCUACAGGCCCCUGCGAGCACAAGCCCUCCCCUCACACCCUCUUAUCCUGGGUCACCAUCUGAUUCAUCAUCUAACUCAGAUAACAUGCCAUUUCUACUGGCCUCCAUUAAAUCUAAACCUGCUGUUUCCACCUCAGGACCUGCCGCAUCAACUCCGUCCACAUCCAAUGAUGAUAAAAAUCUUACAUUUCCAAGUGAUGAUACACCACUAAAGACUAUCUUGAGUACAUUGUUCCAAAAUAAGCCAACUAGUAUCAUGGUUUCGAAUGACAAAUAUUCUGCUACUAAUACUACAACAGUAAGUGCUACGAAGGGCUCUGUACUUUCUCGUGUGUCAGGAUCAACGGUGGAUCCAAUUGUUCAACAGUAUGGGCAAAAAGCUAAAGUCAAAGCGAUAGAAGAGGAGGAAAAUGCAUUUGAUCGUCCAUAUGACCCAGAAGAGGAGUAUGAUCCAGCAAUAGGAUAUGGAACCUUUUCUUCACAGACCCCAGAAAACAAGCUGGAAGACCUUCCAUGUUCAGUUUUUAAUGAUGACUACGAUGUGGCCUACGAUCCUGAGGAUGAGACUAUUUUUCAAGAUUUACCAAGUGAUGCAAAGAAAUGUUCUGAUCAAUCUCAAAUGUUGAACUGUCCAUCGUCAUCGGUAAUUUCAGCACAAGCUAAAACACCUACUUGUACUUCUAGUUCACCCAAGGCUUCUUCAGUAAAUGAAGUUAUGCAGACCAUUCCGACCGGCACCGUAGUUGUCUCAGCUGCUACAUUGACUGAGCAGCAGCGAAUGCUUGAGGAGCUUAAUAAACAGAUUGAAGAGCAAAAACAACAAUUAAAGGAACAAGAAGAGGCACUUCGUCAACAAAAAGAGGCUGUGGGUAUUUUCAUGGCACAAUUUUCUGCUAGUGAUUCCAUGAUGUCUGCUUCCUCAAAGUCUCUGCCUCUCAGUCAGGUUUCAUCCCUUCAGUGUAGUACAAUUCCCUUAGAGUCAAAACCUUUUGAAGAAAGAGAUUCGAAGCCAGAACUAGCCAGCAAUCUAAAAAAUUAUGUUGAUGAUCCAAACUCCGAUUCACCAUCUGAUAAGCAGGAAAACACGAAUGUUAAUCCUUGUUUAAACAUACCUUCAGUCACAGCGCAAGACGACGUAUCUGGCAAUACAAAGGACAAUGACAAAUACUCAUCUGCUGGUGAGAUUGAAGAUUCUGAUGUCCCUUAUGAUCCAGAGGAUGACCUUUUCAAUGAAAUUCAAGAUGAUGUAUUUCAAGGAAGCACUACAAAAAUUCAGGAUUCAUGUUCAUCUACAACAGGACACAGGGGCACAUCUCCAAAUUCAUAUCUCAGCAGAAGGCAUAGGUCAUCACCAAAGAGGCGGAGUCAUCGGGAAAGAGAUAGUCACAGAAGUCCUUCGAGUAGAUCACAGCGACGUUCUACUUCACAUUCUCGGAAACACAGAGAAAGGAAUAGACACAGAAAAAGUGAAAGAGACCGGUCAAAACAUAGAAGUAAAGACCACUCAGAAAGCCAGGGUCGUCAUCAUAAAGUACAUAAUACAAGGCGGCAUUCCCGCGACCGUAAAAGAUCACCUUCCUCUUCCAGCAAAAGAGAUUUGGUGUCCUAUGCACAUGAGUUUAGAGCAGCUUCCCCAAAAAACAGUGAACAACAUCAAUUGAAGUCCAAUGCUGAUGGUGUUAAUAAUCCCAAUCAAAAUAGCGCUGAUAAAGACCUUUCACAAAAAAAUGUUGAUUUGAAACCAGAGACUUCACAGCAACCAGUCAGUGUGCCCAAUAAUUCACACAUUCAGCACAUUCAGCAGGGAACAGGUGGAAAUUUACUUGAAAUUCCAAUUCCUAUAAGAGUAAUAGACCCACCCAUUCGAGAUUCGCCAGAGAGUCCUGAUCCUGAUCCACGAUUUAUAGCACCUACCAGUAUCAGAGAUAAUCAUCCAGCUGAAUCUGAUGACAUCAUAGAUUCUGUGACACAAACCAGUGACCCACUUGAGAAAGUUAAAAAUGAUAGCCAGAUUUAUGGAAGUGAAGAAAUGUUAGUGAACAUGCCACUGUCCAUCGAAGAUAUGAAAUCAAAUGUUGGCAUGGAUUUGAGUGCUACAAAUGUACAGGGAUCAGAUUCAGGGGAACAAGAUAUGUCAGAAAAAGGUUUAGAGCUAAAGCAUUCCAAAAUGAAAGAAAUAGCUCAUGAGGUAAUAACAGAUGAACCUGAACUAGGCAUAGAGUUGACAUGUUUAGAUAGUGGUCAAGAAAACCAUACCAGCCAUCAAAAAAAACAAAUUGAGGGGAAUUUGUCUGAGUCAGAAUACACAGGUGAGAAGCCAGAUGUUACUGGACAGCCGCAGAUGACUGGAAAAGUUAUUGAACCCAAUAAUCAAUGUUGUAAUUUCCCCAAGAUGAGAGAUUGUCAGCCACUUAGAAGAGAUGUUGGCCUAAGCAGAGGUCAUUUUAAUCAAGAAAAUUGUGUAAAAUCAAAUUUGUCAACAGGCUCGGGGGAUAACUUUUUGACUGCAUCCCCAGCUGUGUCAGAUGAUAAACAACAUUUAAAACAAGAUAAUGCCUGUGUGAGGGGACCAGGGCCAAGCAUAAAAUAUGAAAAUUCUGACACGUUUUGCAUUGGACAAGACACCAAUAGAUCUGCAAAUUCUCAGGAAGCACAAUUCAAUAUUAAGUUAGAAAGAGGUACUCAUGACCUUGACAUGAAAGUAUCACAAAAGCAACUUGAACAAAGAAAGCAUAAUACAAGUGAAGCUUGUUCUUUAGGUCCUGGUCAGAGUGUGGCUUGUUUGCGAGGUCAAGGUUUUAGUGAUAUAGUCAAUUUAAAUGCUGUCAUUUCAGGAAAAGGCAUUGAAGAAACAUGUCCAGAUCGCAGUCAAGUAAGCAUUCAAGGAAUAAACAAUCAGGACCUCUGUCAACCAGAUCCGUGGACUCGUGGGGGUCAAAACACAGAACUGGUUGAGUGUAUGAGUGAUCGAAAUCAGAGUUGUCCAGGUUUAGUCAGAGAUUAUAACCAUGUAAGUAGUAGAAGAGGAACAUCUUCAGUAAGAGUAGGGCAACUCCCUCGAGUUGAAGUCCAUAAGCCUGGUUGGACAGGUGCAAGUAUGGAAAUCCGUGGACAUGACAGAAGAAUUGCUCAAGACGUGGACCAUUGUAAACCAUGGGCAGUGGGAGGUCCAAAUGUAAGGCCCCCAAAGAAUGAUAGUAGAGGACUAAGUGAUCCAGAGGCCAUGGGCCUAUUGUGGGAAAAGAUACAAGUGCAAGACAGGAGAAGACACGGCAGUCCAGAGUUCAUGAAAAAAGAUCCCUUAAGCCAAGGACCUACUUUGGAGGGCAUAAGACAAGACAGGAGAGGACCAAUCGUCUCAGAUUUUAUGGGAUCAGAGACUGAUGUCAGAGGACCUAAAAUGUAUAACUGGCAUGGAGCAGGGACUGGGCGCAUAUGUACUGACAUGAGAGUUCCAGUGCAUGUUAGAAGAAUACCUGAUGUUGAUGAGAGGACACAAGAAGUUGGAAAUUCAACACUGGAUGGUUCCAUAACUGGCAGAGAAUCUGCAGGUCCUGGUUUCAGGGGUCCAAAACCUGAAAACAAAAAUCCAGCAAUAAAUAUUGCAGGACAUGGUAUUAGAGUUCCACUCAUCCCGGACCAUUUGGGACCAUGUUUUGAAAGAGGUCCAGGUAUGGCGGGCCCUUUACAUGUUAGGAGACGGGCAGAGGAAGAGCUCCUCGAAAGAGGUCCUGUACCUGACUGGAAAGACUUGCCUACAAAGGGUACAAAACAUGACAUGAGAGGCCCUGGGAGGGGUAUGCUACACUGUAAUAGAAAAAGACCAGUAGGUCAUGAUGUAAGGGAACAAUGGCCUGUAGUCAAACGGUCUUCAAUGGAAUGUCGACAGAUUGACCCAAACGGAGGCCCAAAUUUCAGUGGACCAGGGAAUGAAAGGAGCAAUAUGCCAGCGAAUAGCCCCAAAUUUGACAGGGAAAGACUGGGAUAUCCAGACUUUAGGGGAAUGCAACCUGACAGAAGAGAAUCUUUUUUUUCUGAGCCACGGUCUGAUAGGCUUCGAGGGCAUAUUAAUGUAAAAGAGUCAAGGUUUGAAAUGAAAGCCGUAGAAGGUCAAGAGCCUCUACGUUUGAUAAGACGGGGCAACAAAAACACUGAUGUGUUUGGCACUGGGGCUUAUGCAUCAGGUCCUGAACAUGACUUAAUUGAAAAUAGUUUUGAAAGGCUCAGUAAUCAACAAGCAUGGGACCCUCAGUCAGAAAGUCGGAAUCCAAAUAUGGAGGAAACACGCCCGUACAGGAGAGGUUCAGAUAGUAGGGGACCAGCGCAUGAAAUAAAGUUCUCAGUGCCUGACAUCCAAGGACAUGGUUUAUUUACCAAACAGGGAAAGAUGGAACCAAGAAUUUCAAACAUGAAUAGAGCAGGGCAUCAAAUAUCAGGUCCAAACACAGAAUGUUCAGGGCCUUCCAGUAGACAGCCCGAAAGGCAGGAAACAAGGUUUUGCAGUACAGGCCCAGGACCUUUUGGACAGCUGCACCCAAAUAAAAAACUUCCAGAAAUGAUGGAUCCGGAGUCUGAUCGUACAAGUUCAUGUUUCAGAGCAGGUUUAGACUCAGAGAGAAAAAUUCCAAGUAGUCAAGAUUUUAGAAGACAAACAUGUCAAAGUAAAAAUACAAAUAAUCGUUUAGGGCUGGAGAGACCAGAACCAGAAGAACGAGAUUUCAGAAAUCAUAACUUUGAGAAAGGUCCGGAGGACCCAGGUCGUAAUUGGCGAUCAGGAAGCCCACAAUGCAGUGAACCAGAAAUCACGCAGAGCAGCUGUAGAUCAGGUUCAGAUAAAAGAGAAGAUCAAAGACAUGGGAAGAAAUGCGACUUCAGUGUGACGACGGUCUUUAGAGGUCCAGAAUCAGGUAUAAAUUGUCAUGGAAGCCGAUGGAAAGAGACAGAGGGUGGCUACCCAGACACUGAAAUGCAUUGUGAAGAUGAGUGGAAACAUCAGGAUGACCAAUAUCCUCACCCGAUUCCAAAGGCUAUUGAUGUGCCAGUCUUGGACUAUCCAGUGGAUCCAAAUGUACAGAUAGGCCCUAAUAUUAGUGGGUUUGAGCUCAUGCCAGAAAGGGAAAAUCUGCCAUUUUCAGGACCUAGGAGAGUUCUUGAGGAUGAUUGGAGGGUUCCUGAUUGUAGGGGUCCAGGCUCUUUUCAAGAUGACAGGCUACACCCUAGGCCUAGAGGUGUAGGACCUAGAAAUGAAUGUAGAAGGCUUGGUCGAGGAAGAUCUGAGCCAAGAUGGGGACCUGAGUACGUUGACUUCAGAGAACGGGGCCAUGAAAGAAGAGGUCCAGGCAUGAAAGUACUUGGGUUAGAUAAAAGAGGCGUUCACAAGGCUGUAAGGCAGUCAGCCAAUUCAAGAGGUUCACACACUGAAGGAACUAAACCUGUACAGAGAAGUCCUAAUUUGAAUAAUUCAUUUCCAAACAGAAGAGAAUUUGAGAUGCAUGACAACAACCCUGUGCGAAGAGGAAUUGGAGAUUUAGAUGUUAGAUUCUGUGGGCCUGAAAAUCCAAAUCUUGGUAGGCCGUUGAGGGAUCUUAGGAGUUCAGAACCUAGAGCAGUGGAGCCAGAAAGACAAGGGUUAGACAUGGAAAUAUCUGGGCCACGUAUACAAGGAUUUGAACAUGGUUAUAGGAUGCAAGGCCCAGACAUAAAGAUAAUCCAUAGCAAAAAUGACACAUUAGGGCCACCCAGAGAUUUAAAAUUUGGGCUUGCGUCUGGUGAAUGGGUUGCAGACACUGAAAUCCCUGUGUCUAAUAGAAAAGAAGAAAAUGAAAGAGGCCCUGAAUUAGACUCAAGGCAAUGCAAUAAUGAAAUGAAGGAUGACAUGCAAUGUUCAGACGUAAGAGACUCAGGGAGUUUCAACCGUAGCUCUUUCAACAUAAGAGGUAGAGGGUCAAGGCAUAGUGGUCGAUCACCCUGUGGUUCUCAGAGUGGUUAUCAGGGUAGUGACGGAAAGUCAUUUGUCAGCUCAGUAAAUCCCAAAAGUGAAGAAGUAAAAACUCCAAAAGCUAGGGCUGGCUUGCUUCCGACUCCAACCGAAGGUCGUGUAUCUGCACCAAAUCGUAUAAUGAACAAAAUGCAGCAAAAACAAAUAAGCCCUCAUGUUAACAAGUAGUACCGUAGAGGUAGACCAGUUAGUCAAGAAAGCUACUUUGUUAAAAGGUAAUGGCAUGAGCUUGUAAAAGGUCUUGCUGGCUAUAGUGGAGAACAGCAAAUAAAAUAUGGUAAUAUGUGAUUCAUGAUUCAGCAAAAAGAGUAAAACAAAUUUGACACACAUCAAGAUAUCGAUAAAGCUGCAAAUCAUAACAGUAUAACAGUAUUAACAAUACCAAAGCACAGGCAAUGGAUUGUUGUUUAAAGAAAUGUCACCAGGGUAUUUCUGUUAAAAAUGUUAGUUAUGGUCUUUUAUUCCGUGUGUUUAAUUUUGUAUGAUUUUGAAUAAGGUUGUAUAAAGGACCACUUGUGAGUUUAGGGUUUGAAGCAUUUUCAAUGACCCGUCAGAAAUAUUUGUACAUAAAUGUAUAUUUUUUAACAGUCUUAGUGUUUGUGUUGCUUCAGUUUGUGACAGAUUAAAUAAAAAGGCUUACUUUUUCUAAUGUU